AUGGCUGCAGUAAUCCUCUUGGCUCAAGCAAGGCCAAAUAUGAAGGUCAAUUCACAGUCAAGCAGUGGCUUGCAUUCAGACUGCGUGGGUAAUCUAAUGAGGCUGUCAUUGGACAAGGCCCUAGCAGUGGGGAAUGCGCUUGAGGUGGAGGCCAUCAAUGGCACCCAGCACAUUGUGAUAACACCCAACUUGGCUGCUCAGUGUGGCUACAGCAUGGAGUCCGACCCGUGGGGUAACACCAGAAUCUACUCGUCUCUGCUGGGCUGCUACGUGGACAAUAAGGACGAUCAAACCUUUAAUGUUGGCUUAAGGCUCCGGAUGUACGGCCCCAGUGGAUCAGACGUGGUUACCCAUGAUGUGAGCCAGACUUGCAGCUACACGCGCUGGGCCUCUAGAGAGAUUCUCUGUGACAGGAACUACAUGGAAGUGUCCCACCACAUUGCUACUCCUGAAGCUAAAGGGCAGACUCGAGAUGUUAAAGAGAUCGACGUCAUUCCUGAUGCCUCUGGGGAAUCACAUGGCAUCUGGAAGUUGACAUUUUACACCCCAGAACCAGUAUCAAUGGUGCUGAAGGAGGCUGAACAAGCUGGUUAUGGUGCCAUGGUGACCUCAACCCGUCUGGUUAUGCGAUCCCCCUACAAUACAGCAGAGACCACUUCAGAAGAAGUGGAUGGAGUCUCCAUGGAAGUUUUCAGGGUGAGAGCCUACUACAAGGCACCACAUGGUCUGGGUGUGGUGGACUUGGCAGCUGCUUGUCCCACAGGUGGCGUCCUCUUCACCAACAACGUAGUCUCUUGGCACGUACCUCGCCGUAUGACACCACUGGUAGAUGGCAGCUUUGAAAUCUGAGAAAUGCACAUGGGCAUUAACGGAAGGAGGCUUGAUGGAUCUCAGAUGGCUGCACGAGGGUACACGCUGUCCGCCACAGAUUUCCACAUCAUCAUUGAGAUCCCAGUCGGCUCGCCUGAUGGUCACUACAAGAGCCAUGCCCCAGAUUACCAGUACCACGUCGCCUACAUUGUGGAGCCCAUGCUCGAGGUACUGUGGAGGACCACUGGCACCCGAGAUGAUACCAGAUACAAGGUGUUGUUCCCCAUUACCACCCCUCUUAUUCUUCAAGCUCCCCACGUCCAAGAAAAUACUGUCCCAGAGACUCGCCUUUUCAGCGUUGUCUUGGGGCCCCUUCUUCAUGAUGUGGUGCUGAGGAACAUCACCUUCUUCACCAGCGUGCUCACUGUCGAAGAGAGCGAUGCCAGAGGAUUUACCAUCCAGGAGCAUCGCCACUCCAAUGGAACCAAGAGCAUCUCUGUUUUAGUGCCCUUCGAUGCAGAUAUUGUCCUGAAAGAUAAUCCUGAACCCUUGGUUACAACCUACUUCCUCUCUCUGAUCUUUGGGUUUAUCAUCCUUCCUGAAGAAACUCCAUUUGCCCACCCAGUCGAGUUGCAGGCGUCUCUGCAAGAUGUUGAGCUACCAACCAUCACUGGCACCUGUGACCAGAACCAGUUUUACAUCAGUGUGAAAUAUGGGAGUCAAGGCAACAAUUUCAAGGCAAUGGUUGGACAUCAACAGCUGACACCUGAGAUGGCUCACUACCAGUUCCAAGAAAACGGCACACACUUCAGCGUCAGUCUUCCAUACAAUGCCAAGGAUGCGACCUUCGAGCUGAUAACCUCAGACUCACUAAGAGCCCACGUUGACUUCUUUCUGCUGCAUAGCCGUAACGACUGGGUGCUCGCUGAUCUCUUCUUAUCCUGCAACUUUCCCUUAACAACAACCGAGUGCUACCCCAAUGGAACGAUGACGGCUACGGCAGUGAAGGUGGCUUCUGUGACCAAGAUGAUCCCAAGUAGGCUGACCCUAAAGGACCAGUCUUGCAAACCGGCAUUCAGUGGUGAUCGCUUUGCAUAUUUCUCUUUCAAUGUUGCGUCCUGUGGAACCACAAGAACAUUCUUUGACCACUACAUGCUGUAUGAAAAUGAGAUUGCCUUGCCUUACAACAAAGGAGCAUCACCAGUUGGUCCUCAGUACAGGUAG